AUUUCAAUUUGGUGUCUCCCAGAUAUCGAUGAAUGCAACGAGAAUGUUAAAAACAACUGCAGCCAUUUGUGUAUCAAUAGUCCAGGAAGUUACUAUUGUAAUUGUCCAAAUGGAUUCCAAAUGUCACAAAACAACAAGACUUGUAAAUGUCCAAAAGGUUUCCAGGAGUCUGUCAACGGGACAAUGUGCUUGGGUAAGUAGCAUCUAAUUUCCCCCCGUAGUUUCGUACUUUGCUUAAUUAGACCUAAAAAAAACUUAUUACAGCAAUUCAUUGGUGUUUUGCCAGAGUUAAGAAUAAUACCAAAACGUUCGAAAAAAUUUGGCAAAAGCUAAGGUAUAGCUUUGAAUAAUAUAGUUUUAUUUUGUAAGCAGAUAACCAUUUCGUAGUUUUUUAACCCGGUUCAUAGUUUACUUAUUAUUAUUGUUGUUGCUAGUCUCGUCCUCCACAUCUGCUACCGUGUCAGCUAGUGUUUCCAACAGUGCUUCGGCUUUCACAUCGCCCAAUGUGUCCCCAAGUGUUUCGGCCUCAACCUCUCCGAGCGUGUCAGCCAGUGUGUCAACCACUACUUCGGCCACAUCACCCAGUGUGUCGCCAAGUGUCUCGGCCUCCACCUCUGCUAGUGUGUCAGCCAGUGUGUCGACCAGUGCUUCGGCCUCCACAUCGUCCAGUGUUUCUCCAAGUGUCUCGGCCUCCACCUCUGCUAGCGUCUCAGCUAGUGUGUCAACAAGUACUUCAGCCUCCACAUCGCCCAGUGUGUCGCCAAGUGUCUCGGCCUCCACAUCUGCUAGCGUGUCAGCCAGUGUAAGUGUGUCGCCAAGUGUCUCGGCCUCCACUUCUGCUAGCGUGUCAGCCAGUUUCUCCACCAGUGCUUUGGCCUCCACAUCGCCCAGUGUGUCGCUAAGUGUCUCGGCCUCUACCUCUGCUAACGUGUCUGCCAGUGUGUCGACUAGUGCUUUGGCCUCCACAUCGCCCAGUGUGUCGCCAAGUGUCUCGGCCACCACCUCUACUAGCGUGUCAACCAGUGUGUCAACAAGUACUUCGGCUUCCACAUCGCCCAUUUUGUCACCAAGUGUCUCGGCCUCCACCCCUGCUAGCGUGUCAGCCAGUGUGUCAACAAGUACUUCGGCCUCCACAUCGCCCAGUCUGUCGCCAAGUGUCUCGUCCUCCACAUCUGCUAGCAUGUCAGCCAGUGUGUCGACCAGUGCUUCGGACACCACAUCGCCCAGUGUGUCGCCAAGUGUCUCGGCCUCCACCUCUGCUAGCGUGUCAGUCAGUUUCUCCACCAGUGCUUCGGACACCACAUCGCCCAGUUUGUCGCCAAGUGUCUCCGCCACCACCUCUGCUAGCGUGUCAGCCAGUGUGUCAACAAGUACUUCGGCCUCCACAUCGCCCAGUGUGUCGCCAAGUGUCUCGGCCUCCACAUCUGCUAGCAUGUCAGCCAGUGUGUCGACCAGUGCUUCGGACACCACAUCGCCCAGUGUGUCGCCAAGUGUAUCGGCCUCUACCUCUGCUACUGUGUCAGCCACUGUGUCGACCAGUGCUUCGGCCUCCACAUCCCCAGUGCUUCAGCCUCCACAUCGCAAUGAGAAUGUUAAAAACAACUGCAGCCAUAUGUGUGUCAAUAGUCCUGAAAGUUACUAUUGUAAGUGUCCAAAUGAAUGCCAAAUGUCUCAAGACAACAAGACCUGUAAAUGUUCAAAAGGUUUCCAGGAGUCGGUCAAUAGGACAAUGUGCUUUGGUAAGUGUCAACACAAAGAUAGUACUAUCAGUAAUCAACGGUUACGAAGUGCGGGCGAACAUGUGCGUUUACCGAAAGGUGCGAUUGAUGUUGAGAACUGCUUUCAUAAUUGUGUACGUGAAUAAGAAAUUCCUAUUUAAUAGUUUCAGUAUCAACAGAAGGAAUCAGGGCGGAUCAUGAACGUUGAAAUUGAAUUGAACAACACAGUAAACAAGACUGUUAUUUAAUUCAACUAUUUUAUUCACAAUUGCUUAGAUACAGGUAGCUUUGAAGUGUAAACGAUGAGGAGCGUCUGAGAAGAGACGGCUGUAUUCCCAGGCAAAGAUAAUGCGAUAUAACUCACAACGUGAAAUGAACGGUCAUAACGGCACGAAUUCUGGUUAUUCAUCAAUCGGUGUUCGACGACCAAAGGUCAAUGAGAUGUGACAGCGAAUCAUGAAAAAGCUUAGUUCAAAGCUUAUUGAAGUGUCAGAUACCAAGUGAUGCAACAUGCUUGAAAACAUGUAAAAUGUAAAACAGACUGCAGAACAGUCGGGUUUUUUUUCUUAAAAUCAGUAAAGAAAUCGGUAAAGCGUGGCAUAGGGUCUUACGCGCCUGAAGCGCGCUAGCCUCACACGCCUGUAAGGGAGUGUGAGGCGAGAGAAAAAUAUCAGUCUGGUUCUAGACCUUUUGUUUGACUGCUUGCGCAUACUUUAAUACGCAAAAAAUACGGACUGUUUUGCAGUCUAAAUAUAAAACAACUUACAUGGAUUUAUAGAGUGAGCUAAAGUUUGAAUACUUCAUAUGAUACUUCUCGUAAAUGACCUCCUCUCUCUGAAGUUAGAGAAUUAAAAUUUCGUCGUUGCUUGUUUUCCUUAUUCAUAAAACGCAAAAUUAGGCAUUUUCACAUCAAAGUCGUGUAUAAAGGGCAAAGAAAUGAAACAAAAAGUGUGAUGCACCUGCGAAGUUGUUGCUGUUGUUGUUGUUUUUUGCUUAUUAAACCUAUUGUUUCUUUGUUUGUUUGUUUUUUUGUGUGUAUGCGUAUUUGUGCUUUAUUGUCUUUGACGUUCUCGUCCAGCGGUUGCGUCGUUGGAUCUUAAAGGGUCUUUAAGAUCCAGCGACGCGACGGCAACGAGAAUGUCUGGUAACGAUAGGUUUCAUAAGCAAGACAACAAUUUUGUACGUGUAUCACAAUUUUUUUGUACAUUUCUUUGCCGUUUUUUCACAACGAGGACGUGAAAAUGCCUAAUUUUUUGCGUUUUAUGGAGAACGUAAACAAGCAACGGCUUCGUUUUUUGGGGGGGGGGCUUGGAUAUGGUCCCUUGGAAUUGAUCUUCAGCAGUUUCACCUUUAUUUGACAUAGUAAGCAAGUAGGAAUAAUUGUGAUAAAGACUGAAAGAAGGCAAAUCCCUUUUAAGCAACGUUCUCUUCUCUGUCGCGUCCUUGGAUCUUUAAUUAUAAGUCCCUAAUAACCUGUUUGACGCCAACUGUCAAAAUUGACUAAUCAUAAGGUAUACCAAAAGCUGGUAUACCGCAAUGAUUUAUUGAAAACGAUGCUUGCAUACCCCACUUACCCGUCCCUCACCAUCUCUUCGCGGUUUGCGCAAUUUUUCUCGCUACGCUUUCCCCACUAUCUUGGAACCUGAACUGAACAGGCUAUGAUGAGUUUUACUUGAUAUCUUCUUGAUAUCUCACACAGAGGCAUUUUCUUAAUGGGUAAGGGCACUUUAAUGUAAUUUAGUUAUGACAGAAUUGACCAUAAACAACCAUACCUCGUGACCCUUUAAAAAUUCUACGCCUUCAUCGCAGAUAAUCUUCACCGCUCGUGAUUCAGAUGAUGGGUAAGCCGGCUGUAACGCUGCCUGAUAGUUACGCAUCCACGUGUUAAGACAAGAGUAGAGUAAAAUUUAGUUUUAAUUUUAGAUUGUGGAAUGUUACUUCAUACGGAGAACUUAACGUCGGCCGACUUUCGUUACCAAAGCCAACUUCCUGGACGCUUCCCAUGGGGUACAUCGGUAAAGGCGUUUUUCCAGAUCGACCUCAGUAAAACCUAUAGGUUAAAAAUCACUGCUAUAGCUACUCAGGGAGGAGCGAACGUGAACACUGAAUGGAUGAAGCAAUACAGACUUCGCUUUUUCGUUGGUGAAAAAAAGCCAGUUCCUUAUACAGAGUCUGGUAUAGAAAAGGUUAGGUAUAAUCAAAUACUAUUCUUGGCUUGCAACCACGUGAUAAGGAGGCUAUGUUGGUGGUGUGUUGGUGGUCAACACAAUAGAAUUUUUUAUCGAAGAAUUUACAUGAAAAUAAGGUUUAGUUCCCAGAGGAACGAAAUCCUUUUGUUAUGAACCCUAACACACCACCAACAUGGCUGCCGUGACGUCACGUGCAAACAAGCAAUAUUUAGGCAUUGAAACUUGAACAAGUUGAAUUAUAAGUAAUUACUAAUGAAACAAGGCAGAUUUAAGCACCUGUGUGGGUGAAGUACAUUAUUGUGUUUGAAGAACUAACCAUUAGUCGUACAAUAUGUUUACCAGUGAUAACAAGGCGGGAUCUUUCCAGUAAAGAAUUGUAAGUUCUUUCUCUGACUGGUUGUAACAUGGUAUUUUGCAGGGGAAGGUGAUUGCUAAUUUGUUUCAGUCUCCUUUUCACUUUUUUUUCUCUUUCUUAAAGAUCAUAAAGGGGAACAAAGACGCUUUCACUGUUGUGAGGUACCAUUUCAAAGAGCCGUUUGUUACCAGAACUUUACAAAUAUUCCCGGAUGUUGGCACCUCGAAGGCGGUUUUCUUAAGAACAGAAAUAUACGGAUGUCGUCCCACUCCUGGUAAUGGCAUUAUCAUAGUGUACUGAUAACAAAUGAUUUAAAGGGGCUCGAUAGGGUUUUUCAGGGGCAAUACCUCCCAAAUUUUAGCACAAACUACCAUUAAAAAAUACACACACUUACUGGGAUGCAUGGUUCAUUUCACAUGUUUCCAAUCAAACAACGGGUUCUAUUAUCGACAAUAAGGCCCUUAUCCUUGAGGUCAAACUUUAUGGCUGUCUCUGCAGUAUGAUAUGGCUAGCUGUGCACAAGCAAUAGUUACCGGCCAAACUGCAUAGCUGGUAGUUUGCUACUUACUGAGUUGCUCUCUUGUUUAAAUUUGGCCUCAAAGUAACUGUGACCCUUAAGGUAUGUUAUCUAAACGUAUUCUCAAAGUAAACUAAAAUUAUUUAGGUCUUUUGUGUAAUCUUAUUUGAGGAAACUCUAAGUUCCAUUAAUGUAUGGUAUAAAGAAGCAUGCAACUCCAUUACUGUCAUGUUUUCUUCAUUUGGAAAGUAAUUUGCGUCUGUUCUGGUUUUCUUUAGAUUGCAUCCUGGUUGGUUCAAAGUUUUGGGGACUGUGGACGGAAAGAGAUCGGUCAAAUAAUUACUACAGGGCUUUCAUCUCAGGGAUAAAUGACACUCACAUUGAGUUCAUCUUGGAAUACAAGAACGCAUUCAAAAGAGUGUACAAUCGGACUGAUCCAGUGCUUAUAAUAGAUAAGGAGCCAGAGAAGAGGGAAAUAUCAGUCAAUACAUCAGUUAUAGCUGUUCACAAACCUGCAAUGCCAGAGUGGUACCGAACUGGUAUCGUGAAGAAUACAGCUACCUCAAAAAUGGGUGAAUUCUCGGUGUCAGUUAGGUUUGAUAAUGGUGAUUUAAGACUGGUUCCUCUUCAACAGCUUCGCUUAGUUAAACGUCCACGAUUUUGUUAA